AAUGGAGAAUGUUCGCGACGCACAACGCCUGGUAUAUAAGCACUUCCAGCACUGUGUUGUCGUCAGAUUUAAGCGAAAAGUUCGUGGAGUUAAAUCUAGUCUGCUCCUAAAGUAAAAGUGAUUUGUAGUGAAAUCUACUACUAUUCAGAUCCAGUAAAUUGCAAAGUUGAAAAAAUGUCUCUUCUAUCAGUGCUUUUGGAUGAUCAACCUAGAGUCUCGCGACGAGACUUGGUAUCGCAGUUUCUUCCUGAAGAAACUCUCCAUGCCCUCAAUUCGGUGCUCAACCAUCUGCCCCAACUGGAAAAAGACACCUCUAUCACUGUGGACCAAGAUCAUUUCCAGGCGAAAAUCGAUGUCCAGCAGUUCAAGCCAGAGGAAAUUUCCGUGAAACUGAACAACGAUAACACGAUCACUGUGGAGGGCAAGCACGAAGAGAAGCAGGACGAGCAUGGAUUCGUCUCCAGACACUUUGUUCGGCGAUACAAGCUGCCGGAAGAUUGCGAUUUCAAGAAGUUGAAAUCAGCUUUAUCCAGUGAUGGAGUUCUGAGCAUCUCAGCACCGAAGAAGCCUGAGCAAAAGCAGGUCGAAUACAAGCAUAUUCCCAUCAUUAGAACCGGACCAAUCAGGAAAGGGGAAAAUGAUGCUAGUUUAAAUAAAGCCUAAAUUAUCUCAUCCAUUCUGAUUAGAUGAUUUGCAUUUCUAUUUCUGUAAGAUUUUUUACAUUUGUUUGCAUUGCAUUUUGUAUUACAUGUUUGUAACUGGUGAGUAUUUAAGGUUUUCAGCCCUACGGAAAAUGGCCCCCAUUUUACGAAGGCCAAAAAACCGUUUAACACUCAUCAGUUUCAAGGAAUUGCCUCGAAAACAUCUAUAUGUAAAAUUAGUUCUGCUUUAAGACUGAUUGAUUCUAGCGUUUUUUAGGUUGUAGUUCAUGUUUAUUGAAUAAACUGAGUAGGUAUUAUAAA